AAAUGGACAUUGCACUGUGCAAGAUCGUUGAACGAUGCUCUCUCGUGUCUUCAACCUUCCAAAGCACGCUCUCUUCACACGCACAAUGUCCAGCCUCACUCACGUCAGCACUGAGAACGCUCCAAAGGCUAUCGGGCCCUAUUCUCAGGCGAUCGUCGCCAAUGGGUUUGUUUUCACAGCUGGGCAGAUUCCUUUCGAUCCCAAGUCGAUGGAAUGCGUUGCUGGUGGCAUCCAGGAGCAAACUCGUCAGGCGUUGACCAAUUUGAAAGCGGUUUUGGAGGCAGCCGAUUCUUCGUUAGAUAAGGUAGUGAAAACUACUGUUUUCCUCAAGGACAUGAAUGAUUUUGCAAAGAUGAAUGAGGUUUAUGCUGAGAUCUUUGGCUCCGCGCGACCCGCCCGUUCUGCUGUCCAAGCUGCUCGCUUACCAAGAGAUGUGUUGGUCGAAAUAGAAGCUGUGGGGCUCGUUGGUAAAUAGAUGAGUUAGAUCAUUUGAUUCAAAACGUGUAUUCGAGCCACUUCAAUCGGUCUGUAUAGUUAGCCACGGUCAUAGCCGUCUUUGAGUUAAGAAAGGUUGAUAUUCAACUUGGAAUUCGGAUGACUACUCCCACUACAUGCUUUGUACGUAAAAUGAUGAGUGCAGAAAAUGUGGAAUUUCGACACUCAUCCCCCAAAAAAAAGUCCACGAGAGACUGCCUGUCGCUCCCUCUAUGGUGCCUAUCUGAUAUAUGAAAAAGUGCUGACUUGCAAACUAGGCUCACACGCCACGCCUACCUACAACCGUCCGGUCUCCGCAUUUACACGACCAUCUUCUCCUCCAAAUCAAUCGCAUCUACCUCCCGCACCAACUCAGCUGCUCGAUAUGCCAUAUCAUCGUAGAAGGCUUUAUCUGCUCGAGCAAGCUCGAUACUUCG